AUGGUCUCUGGAUCUUCUCCCCCUCAUGGCCCCAAGCCAAAGUCGGCUGUGCCAUCUCGUCUGCUGAAUGGGGGCUCUCCUCUCCACCCGUCUUCAAGCGGUCGUGAUGCUCGCGAACGGGAGAGCCUCAACUCUUCCAUUCGCUCUUCCUUCGCGCCGCGCAUUCCGGCUGAGUUCGACCUGCCGGAGUCAGCCGCUGAACCCCCCAGCGCCUCCUUACUCAAUGCGGAUGGCCCUGUCCACGGCGCUGACACUGCCAAGCCGACGUUGAAUGAUCCUCCGCGCGAUCCAAGAGACGAGGGUGGUGCCUUGACUCCCCCGUCCGCUGUCAGUCGACCGGCAAGCCCCUACACUCUAUACCCACCAAUUGACUUUGAUGGGCUGAGCUGGCCUUGCCCCGGUACCAGGGCUCGAUUGGAGUCCUCCCCCGAACAGACGGAAGAGCGGAUUCAGAAACUGGCCGGAGCUGUGAGGACGAUCCUGGAGUGCGUUGGAGAGGAUCCGGAGAGAGAAGGUCUGCGCGAAACCCCCGAGAGAUACGCCAAGGCUAUGCUCUAUUUCACCAAAGGUUACGAGGAGAACGUGCGAGAUCUGGUCAAUGGGGCGGUCUUCCAUGAGGACCAUGAUGAACUUGUCAUUGUCAAGGACAUCGAGGUGUUCUCUCUGUGUGAGCAUCAUAUGGUUCCGUUUACUGGAAAGAUGCAUAUCGGCUAUAUCCCCGACCGCCGUGUCUUGGGUCUGUCGAAGCUGGCUCGUCUUGCGGAGAUGUUCUCCCGAAGACUCCAGGUCCAAGAGCGUCUCACGAAACAGGUCGCUCUGGCGAUCUCGGAGGUCUUGAAGCCUCUCGGUGUUGGUGUCGUCAUGGAAUCCUCGCAUCUCUGCAUGGUGAUGCGCGGCGUGCAGAAGACGAGCAGCACCACGACCACAAGCUGCAUGCUUGGCUGCAUGCGGUCCAGCGCGAAGACCCGCGAGGAGUUCCUGACCCUCCUCCAUCGGAGAUAA